ACAAAGAGUAUCAGAUGACGUGUAGAACCCAAACUAAACAUAAAUACAUUCAUACCAAACCCAAAUCACAACAUAAUUUUCCAAACUCCACUAACAACCAGAUUCAAGAAUUCUCCCAUUUGCCGUCAAAAGCCGGCCCCUUUUUUGCUCAGCCAUGGUGGUUAACUCACAGUCUGACCAUGGUCCAGUGGUCCCCACAACCCCACUUGUGAUUUUUCUUCAAAGGCUUCAACAAACUGCUUUACAAACAUUUGGUUCAUUCAACUUUGACCCAAAGUAUUACGUUGACUUGUCAUUAAAGUUUGAUCUUCCUGUUGUGAAACAAGCGUUUGAUCAUCUCCCCAGGACCGUAAACGGGUCGGUUUCGGGUUCGGAUUUGAAUGGUUUUUUGACCAAGUUUAUGAAUGGUGCACAAGAGGAUUUGGAGGUUGUUGACCCGGUUGACUUUGUCGGUGAACCGGAUGGGUUUUUGCCUAAAGUGGUGCACCCGGGUGUGCGCCAUUGGGCUCUGGAAGUUCAUUCACUUUGGAAAAAUUUGAGCCGAAAAGUGUCGGGUCGGGUUUUGCGGAACCCGGAGUUGCAUACUUUGCUUCCUUUGAAACAUCCUGUGGUUAUACCCGGGUCAAGGUUUCAAGAGGUUUAUUAUUGGGAUUCUUAUUGGAUAAUAAGGGGACUAAUGGUAAGUAAAAUGUACGAGACAGCAAAAGGGAUGGUUCUUAAUCUGAUUGAGUUCGUUGACACGUAUGGAUACGUUCUAAAUGGCGCUCGGGCGUAUUACACGAAUAGAAGUCAGCCUCCAUUGCUGAGUUCAAUGGUGAUUGAAGUUUAUAAACGGACUAACGACGUUGACUUGGUCAAGAAGGCACUCCCCGCCCUGAUCAAAGAACAUAAAUUUUGGAAUUCGGGAAUACAUAAUGUGACGAUCGAAGAUGAUCAAGGCACAACACACAAUUUAAGUCGGUACUAUGCAAUGUGGGAUCAACCUAGGCCUGAAUCAUUCACUAUUGACACUGAGACUGCAAGUAAACUUAAGAAUGAUUGUGAGAAAAAGCAAUUGUAUCGUGAGCUAGCUUCAACUGCAGAAACGGGUUGGGAUUUUAGUACCAGAUGGAUGAAGAAUGCUUCUGAUCUCACAACCUUGUCUACAACCACGAUCGUACCCGUUGAUUUAAACGCAUACAUACUCAAGAUGGAACUUGACAUAUCUUUCUUGGCAAAUGUUGUUGGAGAAAGUAGUCAUGCUUUACACUUUGCUAAAGCUUCAGAAUCAAGAAAGAAGGCUAUGGACGUUGUUUUUUGGGACGAAGAGAAGGGACAAUGGUUCGAUUACUGGCUCAACGCUAGCUCUAACCACAAGGAUGUUUACAAAUGGGAUGCCUCAUACCGGAAUCAAGAUAUAUUCGCCUCAAACUUCAUCCCUCUAUGGGUUCAAUUGUUCAACUCAGACGAGACCGUGGUAAACAAAGUUGCACAAAGCCUUGAAAGCUCGGGGCUGAUACAUGCUGCGGGCAUAGCAACUUCUUUGAGAAAUUCGAGCGAGCAAUGGGAUUAUCCAAAUGGUUGGGCCCCUAUUCAACACAUGAUCGUUGAAGGUCUCGUUAGAUCAGGAUCAAAAGAAGCAAGAUCAUUAGCGAAAGAUAUUGCUAUAAGAUGGAUUAGAACUAAUUAUGUUACAUAUCAAACAUCAAAAGCAAUGCAUGAGAAAUAUGAUGUUACUAAAUGUGGAGAAUUUGGUGGAGGGGGUGAAUAUGUGCCACAAACUGGUUUCGGGUGGUCUAAUGGAGUUGUGUUGGCCUUGUUGGAGGAGUUUGGAUGGGCUGAAGACCUGAGCCCGUAUUGCCAGUGACCCUUGAGACUACUGGGCUUGGGCCUGUGGUUCUUAAAUUUAUAAAAGUGAGAGAAGGCUAUACUUUAGUGAGCACUGGUCAUUUGUAAACUAUUGUUAAGUUGAAGACAUUUUUAGGAGAAGAUAUUAUAUUGUGUGAAAAUAUUGUAUAUUUUAUUUUUUCUAGUAAGUCAAUAAAUAAUAUUGUACUAAACCGUCUCAUGCUUACUGCUUUAAACCAGAAUAACCUAAACAUUUAUACGGUUUA